AACAGUGGAGAGCAGACUGUGACAGAUACCUGUGGUAUAAACUGCAUCGGAUCUGACACAGAGAAAGAAGUCUUGCCACAGACAACUGUGCAGAGCAGCACAGUACAAGGUGACAGCCAUAUGGCAGAACAUACAUUCAUUUGCUGGAAGUGCGGCUACCGAGCAGCAGAAAGGAGUCUCAUGUACAAACAUAUGACUCAACAUACAGGUGAAAAUGCCUACAAAUGUGACCAGUGUGACUACUCUGCUGAACAGAAAUCUGAAGUAGACCAACACGUCGUGGAAAACCACACCAGUGACAAACCCUACAUGUGCGGGGACUGUGGAUACAGGACUGCCUUCAGUGCUGCGAUGUUGUCCUGUCAUGCUGCAUCUGGACUUAAGAGAAAACACACAGGUGAGAAAGUUACUGAGGAGCAGCUUUCUUUUAAGUGUGACCACUGUGACUUCUGUGCUCCAGGUAGGCGUGAUCGUGACCAACAUGUGAUGAUUAAACACACCGGUGAGAAACCCUACAUGUGUGGGGAGUGCGGAUAUAGAACGGCUGUUAAGUCCCACCUAUCCAGACACAUGAAAAUACAUACGGGUGAAAAACCCUACAAAUGUGACCAGUGUGACUACUCUGCUGCACAGAAAUACCAAGUAGACCAGCACGUGACAAGAAAACACACAGGUGAGAAACCCUACGUGUGUGAAGACUGUGGGUACAGGACUGCUCAAAGCUCCAACUUAUACCUUCAUAGGAGAAAACACACAGGUGAAAAACCUUACAAAUGUGACCAGUGUGACUAUUCUGCUGCCCGAAAACAUCAUUUAGACCAGCACUUAGCUAAACAUACUGGUGAGAAACCCUACAUGUGUUCAGUGUGUGGAUUGAGAAUGGCUGAUAGUGGCAACCUAUCUCGACAUAUGAAAACACAUACAGGUGAAAAACCCUACAAAUGUGACCAGUGCGACUAUUCAGCAGCAAAGAAACGGCUUUUAGAUGAACACGUCAUGACAAAACACACCGGUGAGAAACCCUAUAUUUGUGUAGAGUGUGGAUACAGAACAGCUGGUAGCGCUGCCUUUUCAAGACACAAGAGAACACACACUGGAGAAAAACCCUACAUGUGUGAGGAGUGUGGAUUCAGGACGGCUACAAGUUGGAACCUCUCCCAACAUAAGAAAACACAUACAGGUGAAAGGCCCUACAAAUGUGACCAGUGCGACUAUUCUGCUGCACAGAAAGGCAAUUUAGACCAACACGUCAUUGCAAAACACAUAACUGUGAAACCCUAUAUGAGUGUGGACUUCAGAUAGAUGGAUAAUACCCAUUUAUGGAUAGAUACACAAGUUAGGCGUAUUAGGUUGUUUGGUGCAAUAUAGCCAGGUAACCAGCUGAAAAAUAAUAGGAAUCAUGAGAAACCUUACAGUUGUGACUGAUUUGACUAUUCUGCUCCACAAAAAUAGAUUCCUGCCUUCAUAGGUUGAACAUUUGCUCACAAUCCAUUUGAAGUCCUGUAAGAAAAGUGUGG